CAAAACGGUUCACAGCCAUUUGUCUUAAACUCACUCGAGUAGCUUUAUUCAGUCGUGCAAGUACAGCUCCUAUCUAAUGGGGAAAGGGUAAAAUCUCAAAAUACUUACAAACUCACAUUUCUAUGGUGACACAUUGCUGCCACAAACAUAUUAUUUUUUCCACUCAAUUAUAUCACAAUAACGAAAUGUUAAUGUCAUCUUUUCUCGUUAAAACGACAUAUUUUUCUCCUAAUAAUGACAUAUUAUGUCAUAAAAACUAUAUGUUUUUCCCGUUAUAGAAAAUAUAUGGUUACAUUAUGUGAGCGAGCCAAGUGAUUGUCUGCGCUGCUGUCGCCACAGUCUUAACAUAAACAAGGAUCUGCACACUGCUGAAGUUACUGCAACUUCAGCAGCGUGCAGACCCCACAAGAAAAAAGAAAGCGUCAUGUGCGGAAGUCCUUUUCUCCUGUGAGAAUUGUUCAAAUGCCGUUACAAAGAACGUGUGAAUCUGUCUGAUCCAGGACCUCAUGCCUUCAUAAUCAUACUUCAGUAAACACUUUACUGAGGAGGACCUGAGAAGAGUGAAAUAUGCACUCAAUGAAUUAAAAACACUAUAAUGCUGAUAAAGAGACACACAGAACUUAAAAGGGCAUCUGUGAAAGUAAAUUACUUGAUUCAACAUAACUGAGUGUGGAGGAGAAUAUCUUCAGCAUGAGUGAUAAGGAAAAAAUCCCCACUGAUAUUUUCAAAAGAGCACAGAAGACUGAAUCAUCAGUGGACAGAAAACAAGACAGCAGACCUGUCCAUUCUGAUCUCAGAAAGGUUAAAUAAUAUCAUGCAAGCCAAAAGGAAAGAAGCAUGAGUUUCCCAAAACCUUGGUGCAAAAGAGAGAGAAGCCCAGAUGGGAAUCGUCCAAACAUGUCAAAACUGAAUUUGGUUGUGUGUGGGAGUGAUGGGACAUUAAAAUCCUCCAUAUCAGAGCUGAUCAGGCAGCAGACAGACAGAGACGUGAAGCUUCAUGGACAUCUGAUCAGUCUGGUGGAGCUUCCAGCUCUCAAUCGGCUCUCAGAGGAGGAAGUGAUGCAUCAGACACUCAAUUGUGUAUCUCUCUGUGAUCUUGGAGUACACGUUUUCCUCCUCAUUGUUCCUGCUGGUCCACUUAAUAAUGAAGACAAAGCAGAAAUAGACAAGAUUCUGAAUAUAUUUGACUCUAGAGAGCACUUCGUAGUGCUCUUUACCUCAAAUCUCCCUGUUGAUGAACCAGUGACAGAUUUUGUCAAAUCCAGCCCAGAAUCUCAGAGGUUAAUUAGUCUCUAUGGAGGUCAGUACAGAGUGAUGGGUUUAAAGGAACCUGAAAACUCAAGACAGAUCCCAGAACUGCUGGAAUACAUAGAGAACAUGAAGAGUGAACCAUAUUCACCUCAGAUGUAUGUGAAAGCUCAAGAGAACAGAGUCAGACAUGAAACAGAGGAGAAACAUAAAGAAGAACUGAAGAGGAUGAAGGAUGAAAUUGAUCUGUUAAAGCAGAAGACUCAGUCAGAGGGAAGCAUGAAUGUCAUCAGAAAACAGAAGCUGAACCUGGUGCUGUGUGGAAGUGAUGCAUUACUGAAGACCUCUGUUUUCAGACUUAUAAGAGAAAAUAAAGACUUGGCUCUUCAUGGACAUCAGAUCAAUUUGGUGGUGCUUCCAGCUUUGUUCAACACUGGGUUCUCAGAGGAGAAAGUGAUGCAUUUUACUUUUAACUGUGUGUCUCUCUGUGAUCCUGGAGUUCAUGUUUUUAUCAUAAUUUUUCCUGAUGCUCCACUUAAUAAUGAAGACAAAGCAGAAAUUGAGGAGAUCCAGAAGAUAUUCAGCUCAAGAAUCAACAAAUAUAUCAUGGUCCUCAUAAUCCAAGACAAGAACAUGUCAAGUCAAUUUAAUAUUGCUCCUUCUCCAGCUACUGAGAUGAUUGAUUAUUCAGACAUUUGGGGGUCAGUGUUUUGUUUUGGAGAAUAG